GGAAUUGUGGAUAUCGCCGAGUCACGCCUGGCCCCUAAGGGGGUAACUUACCUUGCAUCAGAAUCUGGUUCUCCUCGUACUGGCCCCCGUUGUGCACCACCUCGGAUACAGACCGCAGGAGCUCGUCGGUCGACGACCCGUUGGCCUACUGCCAACGUUCCCUGGCCAUGGAACAAAUGACCUGUAGCCUGGCCAUCCUGACCGGGCGUUGAGCUGCCAUUGGCAGCAGCAGCAGCGGCCACAGCAGCAGCAGCAGCGAUGGCUCUCUGGUCGUACUGUACGCUGUUGGCCGGCUGGCUGGACUGGCUUAGCAGAUGCGCGCUGUGAUGCGAUCGACGGACGCGCGAUGCGAUGCAGUGGAGUCGGCAGGAGCGCUCUGGUCGUGGCGGUUCUGGUAGUGGCGGUUCAAGAUGGUGGUUGCGGUCAGCGGGCCGUACUUUUGCGAGCAGAAGCGGCACUGGCGGAAUCCGUCAUCCAUAAUAUCGUACCAGUGCCAGACCUUGCUCUUGAGCCGGCUGUUGCGCGACGCCGACGCGGCCUGGUGCAUGGCCAUCAGCGGGCGCUUGGACGGCGUCACGCUCUGGGCGUCCAUCAGCCGCCCGGUCUUGUACUCGAUCGGCGUUCCCGCAGGCGCUGGCGAGUGCGAGUGCGACGCGCUGUGCAGCUGCUGCGCGGCCAACUCAGCGCCGAUCGAGUACCGGUCGUCCUGCGGCUCCUUCUGCCCAUCGUCCUGCGGCACCGGCGUUGCAUUGCUGCAUCCAGGCCGGCCGUCGACGUGAUCACCUGCGACAGCGCUGCCAGCGAUGAGCUCGGAUCGGCCAUCGAAUAUUCGCCAGCGCCCUCAUCGUACACGGGCUGCUCAGUCUCGUACAUUUGCUGCCCGUCAUGCAUGAUUUCGCCCUCUGCCUGCUUGUCGAUGAUCUCGCCCUCAUACGCGUACUCGCCCUGGUGCCCCUCGUCGAGCAUCUGCCCGCCAUUCUCCUGCGUCGCCAGAAUCGACCCAGCUUCGGCAUAUUCGCCCUGGGCUGCCUCACCGUGCUCGCCAGCCGUCAUCUCCACCUCGCCUAUGUCGUACUGCUCGUACUCAUGCUCGUACUGCGCCUCUUCCAGCUCUCCGCCGUUGCCGUGCUCAACCAUCUCGUAUGUCUCGCCCGUGUCGGCAUCCUUGACGGCGUCGGCCAUCUGCGUCGCCAUCUCUGUCAGUUUCAGCUCCGCCUCGGACGUGUCGUUGCCCGAGUACACCGGUUCGUGUGCGCUAAUCUCCGACAGCUCGCCUGUGCCUUCAACCGCUGCCUCCUCUUCGCCUGCUGCCACGUCGGCUGGCGCAGGCCUCUUUGCUGUGAACUAGCCCAGGAGCCGCUUCUUCGUGUGCCAGCAGCUGGCUGUCCUCUUCGGGUCCCGGCAUGACUGCAAAAUGUUUAUCGCGCUUUUGUACCUGAAAGAGUUGUCGAAUUUGCUGAGGUGAGCCGCCAGGCAAAUGGGAGGGGGGACGCCUUGAUUAGGGUGAGUGAAUGCGGUUAAAUACAGAGGAAAAACGAGAGCUUGCAGAAAGGAAGACUGGGGCACUCUGCUGUCGGCUCUUUAUGUUUUAGUGGAGGUUCGAGGUUCGGCUUGCCCGACAAAAAAACUAAAAAUGCUUAAAUUUUUCGUGUUGCUGGAGAAGAAGAGCUGAACCGGUCGCGUCUGCCAGCUCGCCUCCAGGUAAAAGGAAAAUGCGCGCGCGUUGGGAAAACGCCGUCUGCGCUGUAAAUUUUUCAGCCUCCCCAGCGAAUUAGUCGCUCAUUUGC